CAUUAAGUGUGUUGUCAUCCUAGGGAAGACAAGUUGUGGUAAUACUUUUUUCAAGUGUGCAGACAUCAAAAACGGUUAUAAUACCUGCGAGGCGUCGACAUUCUGGUAUUAUUUCUUAUCAAGGUUCACCAGUUUCGAGAUGAAUCAAUUAAAGAUCCUGGUCGGCGAGAUACUUAACAGUAUGAACAUGCCUGGCUGCCCAAAAUCUCCUAGCCUCGAGCUUAGCAUUUCCACAGAGAGCCUCGACCAGCUGGACCUGUCACCUUACCAGGCUGAAAUUAAGUGCAACAAACUGCUACCUUAUGCCGACAAGCUUGACGAGGAGGCCGACAAACUCUUCGCUGACAUCAAAGCCAAGCUGGGCAAGUGCGUGAUCUAUGGAGAUGUUUAUCCAGGCCUCUAUCGAUGGUCAUCGUUUGUUCACAUCUACAUUCGUUUGUAUGGCUUGAGAUUCACAAAGGAAGAUCAUAUUGCUCUUGUUAAGCUGUUUUACGAGUUAAUAACCAUCCCUGGGCUUCAGCCCACAUCACUGGAAAAGUUUGCAACUAUACUAAUGUUACUGCUUAUGAAAGAAGAACUUCUCUCACCAAAUGACUUGGAAUUGCCUUGGAGGCCUCUUUACAAUUUAUGCUGGACAGUAUACAAUUGUACAUCAACCGACAAAAUGGAUAAGACUAUGUACAAGUACUCCAUGAGCUCCAAAAAUAUAUUAAAUAAUGCAGUUCAAGUAUCAAAGCUGUAUUUUCCCUUAAGUGCAACUCAAGAAAUAUUAGAUGAAAUAAGGCCUCACCUGUAUCUUUACAAUGAGAAUGUUGACAUGUAUUUGAGCCUUUUGCGACGAUUUCUACCAGUACACUUACCUGUUGAUCAUCACAGCAUAGGCCAUGAAUUAUGGUUUCAUGAAUUUAUGGAAUAUUGGGAAAUUCAGCUUACAGAUAGUACAUAUGAAAAUAAAAUGAUGCAUAUUAUGGCUAAAUUAGCAUCUGAAAAUAUUGGCUACAUUGAUUGGAAUCCAUACAUUCCCAUUAUGUUUUCUAGAUUUCUUUCUAGUAUGAGCAUGCCAGUGAAAUAUAAAAAAUUGGGUAGUGAUUUUAAUCCUGAACUUGAUGGGUCUCUCAUAGCUGAGUGGAUAGCAUCAGUUCUGGGUGAUAAAAGUGAUGCUCAAAUUUAUUUGGAAAAGUUUUUGAAAACAGUUGAAACAUACUUUCACCCUGCUAAUGUUGGUAUGUGGUCUUACAAACUUUAUUGUUUGUGGAACGAUCUUCCUCGCUUCGUUUCUAUAAGAUUGUACAGAGAGCGUUAUAAGAAGGAAUCGUGGAAAAUACCAAUACCUGAUAGUUACCAACUUACAGAUGCAAAUAUUGAUGAUUUUGUUGCUAGCAUGAUGCCAAUAACCACGAUUGCCAUUUUCAAUAAAAUGUCUAGAUUGAGUUCAUCCAGUGCAAUACAAGAUUUGGCUGCAAUGCGACCUAAAGUUGUUAUUCCAAUGGUGCUUGAAAAACUAUAUCCCCUCCUAGAAGACAAUACCACGGAACGUAAUAAAUUGGUUUCCGUAUUUUCUUGUCUAUCUUCGAUGCUCCGACCAUUAGUUUUAGGUCCCCGUCACUUUGAUAAAGCUUAUGCAUAUUCUGAGGGACCUACCCACGUACUAAAUCUUCUGUACGCGGCCUUGUCUGGGAUAGAUAUGAAUGAACCUGAUAACUGUUUUAAAGCAAUUAAUUUAAUUAAAACGUGCCUUUCGUUGGUUCCUGUAGUUAACUGUUCCAAGUCCAAGUUGGAACGAAACGAAGAAGAUAAUUUAAUAUGCGAGCAAACAGCCCGUUUCGAGGACUUUUUCCUACAAUUCAUGGAAAAAAUUUUCGCUCUAAUAAAAUCAGGGUCUCACAUAUCGGUUAGAAUUGAUAAUACAAAGGCGGUACAAAUGGACAUGUUCGAGACCAUGGCCAACCGGGCGUUAAGCGAUACUUUUUACGUGCUUUUGCAACAAAUGAACGAUGAUUUAUUUUCUACUGCCUUAGAAAAGCUUUACUCGUUUGUUAGAGAAGAAACUUUUGAAGUUAAAGUUGCUGGCCAAAUGGUUGCAAUGAUUUGCAAUGUCUUCAGUAUGAAAAAUGGCAAACUAGUUCUUCGCGCUUUUGUGCCUUACCUUACAGAAAGGAUUUUGAGUUACUUUGAGGAGGACCAUGACACUGUCGGAGAGCAUCUCGAAGAUCAGUUACUUUAUCCAUUACUAAUACUGAAAAGCAUACUUGAUACUCAAGGAAGUGCCAUCCUGCCACACUUAAAUACCCUUUUACCAGUCAUCGACAAAGUCGUAAUGCUGGAGAACCAUGAAAUAAAUAAAUUAGGCUGCGAUUUGUUGCAAAGUUUGUUCAUAUCACUUUGUAACUUUCAAAUUAUAUGUUGUGAAAAUAAUACCGUCGAUGGCGAGGAAUAUCCAUACUGGGAAGACUGGGGAAACAGUAUGGAUGUCGACUCAGCUCAAUUAAGGUGGUACAUACCUGGAGAACAAGAGCUAGCUGCGACUGAGAAACUAUUUCACCGAUACUUCUUUCCUGCUAUAGAUAAGAUCCAGAAUUACAUCAACGGAACGAUUUCCUUAUCUAGAAAUGAACUUCAAGUAAGGUUGAGAAUUAUUUUAAAAUGUUUAAAUGGAUGCGAUGUGAUAUUACCUCGUUGGAAAGAAGAGUUUAUACUCAGCAAGGGAUGCGAAAAUUGUACAUAUGAGUUUAGACCUUACAUGGGAAUUGACUAUAAAAUAACUAUGCCCAAUGGUGACAAUGUCAAACGUUUUGUCGCCCAAGUUAUGGGUAAUAUUCAAGAAGUUAUGUUGAAGAAUAUUGAAGAUAAUACAGAUUGCUUCAACCUUUUGUUAGAGAUUUGGAAAACCUUGAGUUGCAAUCCAAUAAGUUUAAUGAUAAAUGCUAUCCAAAAUCGUAAUAUCAUGCAUGCGCGAAAGGAAAUAGUCAGCAUGAGAAUAAAUGGUGAUAAGGGUCUUUUGCCAAGUAUUUUACAAAAAUGGGUGCAUCUUCAGCACGAGUGGCGGGAAGCAAAUGUCAUGUGCCCAUUAACUAAAACGUCAAAGGAUAUCAUGUUGAACUUGUUCAAGUUGAGCAUAAAUAAAUAUAAAGAAAUUCGUGAAACAGCUAUGCAUGUCCUUGUAGUAAACAUGGAAUGGUUUCAAUGCUCCCGUGAAGAAUUCGUUCCCUACGUUGUGGAAAUCCUUCAAAGUGAUACAGAAGCUAACGAAGAUGCCUAUGUUGGAGUUUUGAGUUUGAUUGGAAAUUUAAAUGUAAAUUUGCUGAAAAACAAUUGGCAACUAUUACUGAAGCUGGUACCAGCUGUGGUAUUGGCCAAGCCAACCGAAAAACUAGAAGCUAUUAAAAAACUUGAAGAAAUUGCCAUGCACAUCAAACUUGGAUACUCAACGACAAACAUUAACUUAAAGGUAUCGGAUAAUUGCGUGAAGGCAGCUUUCGAACUGUGGAGCGUUGGUCUAGCCCCAUCGGAGUCGCAGCCAGACAAAGAGACUAUUAAAAGUAGACUAGCUUUCGCCGAAGAUUUGGGACGUGAAAAUUUACAAGCAUAUAAUGAUUUAUUGGAAAAACUGAUCAGUGCUGUUUUAAGCGGGAACCUCCACUGGCGACAUCAUCACAUGGCCACAGAUUUCAUUGCCAUAAUUGCCCAUCCUGAGUACUUACUGCCGACUAAAGUAGUGCGAUAUUUCCUUGGUGCUUUGAUUCACGAUUCCAUUGACGAGAGGCGCUUGGCUUUAAACAUGAUGGUGCAGAUAUUGUACCAGCUCAAAAGAAAGCAUCCAAAAAUAACAAUUGACGUUCCCAAUCGAGAUAGAACACUGACACCGGGAAUCAGAGCUGACAAUGAGUGGUUACUCUAUGAUGCCUCCAACUGGCCAAGAACGGCGGAAAAAUGGGACAGUCCGUGCUAUUUGCACAACGAAAGCAUAGGUUUUUAUGCGUGGCCAAGAACUCUCGAGGUUUACGCGCCGUACGCUAAGCAGCCAAAUCUCGAUCGUAAAGUUCGUCAAAUGUGCGAGCAGGAAAAAGAGGUCGACGCGUUUUUCUCCGACGCGCAAAAUAUCUCCCAGCUCAUUAAAUUCCUGAGCAUGGAAGAUAAAAAGGACAAGGACGUGUUCAGCCAUCAACGCUCCCGGAUGUUCGAGGGACUGUUUCGUAACCACGGUGACGAUCACUUGGCUCAUUUUUUGCCGCAUCUGCACAACUUGGUGCAAGACACCAGCGAGAGUUCGCAACGUUGUGCGGCCGAAAUAAUCUGUGGUCUGAUCCGCGGUUCUAAGCACUGGCCCUUCGACAAGACAAAAUCAAUGUGGGACGAACUGUUGCCGAUCAUCCGGCUUGUUCUUGACAACGCCAGCAUGGAAAGUAUGACCGACUGGUUGACUUGCUUUACGCAUGCUAUGAAGAAUCGCGAUCCCAAUAGGUUGUUUUGGAUGAUCGAGUUCAUUAGAGAUGAGGCUUUGAAGAGCGAUCGCGGCAAAAGUACCAUUAACGAGCAAACGAAACUAGGAAUUUUAAAGCAAAUCACUGAUCACCAAUACUGGCGCAUGAGUCUCUGGCUCGGUCGACUACUGCCGGACGUCAGAUCCUACUUGUACGAAAAUCCUCUUAAAGGCGUAAGGGACAAUUUGGCUCUAAUAUUAGUCAAGAUAUAUACCUCGCACUUGUUUUAUCAGAGAAAUGAGAAUCGUCCAGAAUGUCCAAAAGUAAGCGAAUUCAUUAAUCCCAAUCAACCGCUUCUGCAAAACUUGUUGGAUGAGAGUUCUGAGAAUGGCCGAAAAUUUCUGCAUACAUUGUGUUCAAUAACUACCGAAUGGAUGGUCUCGGUUACCUUUGAGGGGGGAAGCUUUUUUGAUCUCUAUCCUUUACUCGUUCAAAUGGAGAACAGUGAAACGCAGUAUCCAGAGCUCGCUGAAAUCUGUAGGAAAACGAUAGCAUCUCUAGCUACGUCGUAUCUUGCAGACAGCAUUCCAGUUGCUCUCAAAGCUAUUAACGAAACCUCAAAGAGCAAAUCAUGGUCCGAGCGAGUCAGUACCAUCCAUUUCAUUGAAGUCGUACUAUUUUACAACAUGAGCAUAUUGUGGAGCAAUGAGGACUGGAUGGAAAAGAUUCGCUCGAUAGUUUUGAGACUGAUCGAAGAUGAACGAGUUGAAGUUCGAGAAAAGGCUGCCGAAGUUCUCAGUGGAAUGCUGCAUUGCACUUUAAUCACCAAUGAAAAAGCUCUCUUGGACAAAUUUAUGAAAAUGGCAAAAAAGAAGGGGCGGAGUAAGAAAAACGAGUCCAAAAUUGCCGAUUCAAGUGAAACCAUACGUCUGCGGCACGUCGGUGUACUUGGCAUGUGUGCUUUUAUCCAAGCUCAUCCCUACGACAUUCCUCAAGAAAUUCCCCCGAUAUUUGAACACUUGAGCGCACACCUCAACGAACCAGAUCCUAUUUUAACGACAAUACGCAAAACGUUGAGCGAUUUCAAGCGCACUCAUUGUGAUACCACGGCUGGACUUCAAGGUCUCGCGGAAAAGUUGACUCCGGAGCAGUUUGAAAUUCUACAAGAUUUAAACGUACCUCCUUCGUAUUUUUCAUAGAGUAAAGUGUAUAUACAUUUUUAAUUGACGGUAAGGAAAAGUGAUGCAUGUUUUUUCCUUCAAUCGAUCGUUAAGUAUUUUUCUACCGGUUUGUUUGUUGAAUUGGAGUUAUAGUACAAUUAUAUUU